GCUAAUGAAAAUUUUAGUAACGAGGCUAGUCCAAAUAAUAAUGAUGAAUAUAUUGGUGAUUCUGGUGGUGAUGGUAAAUUAUACGAAGAUAAUGAACAAGAAAAUUUAGCUAAAACAAAAUUCAGUGAUGAACGUUUUGCACGUUUAUUUCCAUCACGUGGUGGUAUUAGAAGCAAUGGCCGUUAUGAUGAUCGUCGUUUGAUGCCAAAAGAAAUUGCUAAACCUAAACCAACAUUGCCAUCAUUUAUAAAAAGUACACCGCCAUUGAUUAAAUUGCAUAUAACAACACCAUCGCCAUUAUUAUCAUCAAGAAAUCUACAACGGCAACGAUCAUCAGCGACAAAUGUAACACCGAUUCCAUCAAGAAAACAACAACAAGCCAGUACUACAUCACGUCCAAUAAAUAAUAUUCAAGCAGCACGUAAUCGAUUAUUAGGCCAACAACAACAACAACAACAGCAACAAUCAUUACAGAAAUCAAAUAGACAAUUAUCUGGUCGAUUAUCAACAACCACAACAACAACAACAACACCGUCACCAUCACAAAGAAGGCGUUACAAUGGUUCAUCAUCCAUCAAUAAUAAUCUUGGUUCACGAUUUUCUAGAAAUCAAAAUUCCACAAUACCAUCAUUGAAUCCACGUGGACGUAAUUUUUGAGCACCAGAAAUCAUGAUGAAUGAAAAAAAAUUUUUUUUUGAUUCACUGAUAUUUUACGGUUUCAUGAUCAUGAUUUUCUUUUUUUCUUACACUAUAUAUAUGGCCAAAAUCAAAUCGAAUUUGUUUGUUUGUUUGUCUGAUUUUUUCCCGUUCUCCAUUUGAUCAUGUUGACCAAAAAAAAAAUAAAUUAUUUUAAGCUUUAAA